GAUCUCUGGAGCGAAAAAUUACUUAAAAAGAUGGCAUUGCCUUUUCUCCUCGGGCCGAUCUCUCAUACUGCGACUUCCCUAUUCUCUUCAAAUGCCCUAACGACUUCUGUUUCUCUGGAAGAGCAGAGCAGCUUAUUUGACCGAACCAGCGCCGCAGCUGAGAAUAUAACACUGGGACUUCGCCUAUUUACCCCGCUCAUCGCCAAUCGCCAGAGCUGUUAUUGCCCCCAAACGCAGAGUUGCAUUGAUACCCUGCAGUUUUAAGUCGUAUAAACAAUAAUCAUGUCUGAACAAUUUGCAUAUCGGCCCCCGCCGAGCCAGGGCUCGUUCGCUUAUCCCUCUAACGCGCCCACCUACGCGCCCCCUCAGGCUUCCCCGAGCUUUCCGCCUCCCAAUCUCACUUUUCCGCCGCCACCUCAGCAGCCGGCGCAUUCACAUGGCGAGAACAAGCCCCCUACACCACCUAUGAACGAGAAAGCGACAUAUGCUACCGAAAAUACCGGCUCGUUUGGUGCCAACACAGCCAUUCGAAGCUCCUCAGAUAGACCUCCGUCAGGCACAACGCUUACGAGAGCCCACACGGACAUGUCCCUCGGCAGCAAGUCGGGUCCUUUGGCUUCUGCUAACUUUAUCGGCGCAUCGUCCACUGACAUCGACGACGUGGGGACCUUCAAUGGUGGCAGCUACAGGAUCAGUCAUCGGGACACCAACAGUCUCCUGACCAUCCAAUUAGCUAUGGGGUGUCCGCUGCAGGCCAGACCUGGUAUCAUGAUCGCUAUGUCGCCUACAAUCUCUCUGAGGGGCUCGCUCUCCUUCGGGUGGAUGAAAGCCCUCGCAGGCGGCCAGAUCGCACGCUCGACUUACACCGGGCCUGGAGAGCUCCUGCUCGCUCCCUCCGUCCUGGGCGACAUCACCGCUAUCCGAAUCGACGGACAACAAGAAUGGACUGUGGGACGAGAUGCCUUCCUCGCUGCGACCAGUGGCGUCAAAACAGAGUACAAGACCCAGGGCAUCAUGAAGGGCGUGUUCUCCGGCGAGGGGUUCUUUGUCUACAGGAUAUUCGGCGCCGGGAUUCUCUGGAUGCAGAGCUUCGGCGCCAUCGUUAAGAAAGAGCUCGCCGAGGACGAAAUCUACUUCGUGAACAACGGACACCUGGUGGCGUGGAACUGCAAAUACAAAAUCGAGCGCGUCGCCUCCGGCGGCAUCAUCUCCAACUGGAGUGCCGGAGAGGGUCUGGCCUGUCGGUUUACCGGCCCUGGCACGGUGUACAUGCAGACCCGUAAUGUGUCUUCCUUCCUUGCGCAUAUCAACGGUGGGAAGUCCAGCACCUGAAGUAGUAGGCAUGCAUUCGGGAAAGCUCCUGGUCAAAC